UUAUGAAUUUAUUAUACCAGGAAAAAACUCGUGGCAUUUUAUCAUGUGUUCAUAUUUUAUUAUCCCAGUUGCGAGUUACUGUAAACGAAUGUUGGUUGGAGUCUUUGUCUCAUCUUUACAACAGCAGAUCAGGUGUGCGUUUCUCAUGCGCCAAGUGCUUUAUCGCAUCACAUAUCACAUACGUUGACACUUUAUGGCUGUUACAUCAAUAAGCUGAAGUCGGUUCCAGGCGAUAUAAGCUGCGGCGCUCAGCCUUAGAGGACUCGCGUCACCAUGUGGACUCUGCUGGUUCUCUGCAGCGUGAUCGCCGCACACGGAGCGCGAGGUGACGAUCGCAACGGAACAACUGAGAAAAUAUCUGCAUCAUGCGGUGGGUACCUGUAUGGCAGAUCCGGUACUUUCUAUAGCCCCAACUACCCAAACUACUAUCCCAGCAACUCAGCCUGCACAUGGUACCUGUCACCAGGUAGUGCUGUGGUGCAGCUGGAUCUCUCCAAUGUCAACAUCCAGGCUCAGUCGUCGUGUGAUUUUGAUGCCCUGUACAUCUAUGAUGGCUCCAGUAACAGUAGCAGGCUUCUGGGGAAGGUGUGCGGGAACAAAGACAAGGUGACCUUUCACUCGACUGGCGCUUUUUUGACUGUGCACUUCAAGAGUGACCGCAGUUCCAACUUCUUCGGAUUUCGAGCGGACUACAAAGUUGUGGGGUCCUGUCGAUACAACUGUAACUACCAAGUUGGAAACUGCUCGUGCUCCUCAAGCUGUCAGUACAGGGGGGACUGCUGCCAUGACUACACAGAUCACUGUGUUUCCACGACUGCACCAGUAACAGCCCGUCCCUCCUGUCGUUACAACUGUGGCUAUCACAUGGGAAGCUGCUCCUGCUCCAGCACCUGUCAAUACUAUGGCAACUGUUGCUACGACUACAACUAUCAUUGCAGUUCGACCACCAGACUCCCUUCAAAAACCACAGCUCGGCCUUCCUGCCGUUACAACUGUGGUUAUGACCUGGGAAGCUGCUCCUGCUCCAGCUCUUGCCAACGCUACGGCAACUGUUGCUACGACUACUACUCUCAUUGUGAUUGGACCACUAAACGUCCUGCAGUAACAACAGCUCGGCCUUCCUGUCGUCACAACUGUGGCUAUCACAUGGGAAGCUGCUCCUGCUCCAGCUCCUGUCAACACUACGGCAACUGUUGCUACGACUACUACUCUCAGUGUGGUUGGACGACUGAUCGCCCUGCAGUAACCACAGCUCAGCCUUCCUGUCGUCACAACUGUGGCUAUCACAUGGGAAGCUGCUCCUGCUCCAGCUCUUGUCAACGCUACGGCAACUGUUGUCACGACUACUAUUAUUACUGCCCCACAACCACUGUAAGACCCACAGCUCAGCCCUCGUGUCGUUACUACUGUGGCAGUCACCUGGGAAGCUGCUCCUGCUCCAGCUCUUGUGAAUACUAUGGCAACUGUUGUUAUGACUACUACUCCCAAUGCUCAGAUUCCACCCCGGCGCCGACCACAGUGUCACCGUGUGGAGGCUCCCUGUUCGGCUCUGGCACCUUCACCAGCCCAAAGUACCCCAGCUACUACCCGGAGAACGCCCACUGUGUGUGGCAGCUCAGAGUUUCAUAUAACCACAGAAUCUAUCUGGCAUUCACGUCCCUCCAGUUGGAAAACUGCUGCUCCUGUGACUACAUUCAAGUCUACGAUGGUCCAAACGUGGGUUCCCCAUAUCUGGGGAAAUUAUGCAACACCACUUUGAACUCCUUCUACUCAUCUUCGAACUACUUGACUGUGCUGUUUCGGAGUGACGCGUCUGUGGUCGCCCAGGGCUUCGUUGCCAAGUUCACAAGCACUCUGCCACCAAAAUCAGGUCGAGUGACCUGCUCCUCGAACAUCAUGAACAUUGUGAUUCAGACGUCUUACCUCGACUCUCUGGGCUAUAAUGGCUACAGCGUGUCCGUGGACGACCCCAACUGCAGAGCCCAGGUUUCCUCCUCCCAGGUGGUGUUCAGCUUUCCCAUUAACACCUGCGGAACUGUUCGAAAGAUUGAGAAUGGCAGAACUGUCUACACGAACGUCAUCCGCGCGUACCCCGACAGCUUGGGACAGAUCAUCCGCCAGUCUCCCUUCCGGAUGAACGUGGAAUGUCGAAUGGAGCAGGACUCUGUGUCUCAGAUAAUGUACCUGGGUGAACAUCAGGAUAACGCCACCCUUGAGGGCACGGGCAGAUUCAACACCAGCAUGGACUUCUACACAUCCAGCAGCUUCUACAAUAAGGUGACGCAGUUUCCAUAUGUGGUGACACUGAACCAGAAUCUCUACAUCCAAGUGGAUCUGAGACGAGCCGACAGCAGCUUGUUCGUCUUUAUUGACACCUGUGUGGCUUCACCAUCACCUUAUGAUUUCCAGAACAGAAUUUACUACCUGGUAGAAAAUGGAUGUCGUAGGGACACCACCUACAACACCCUCCUCAAUGGCAGACCUGGCUUUGCCCGCUUCACAUUCAAAGCCUUCCAGUUCCAGCGAGCUGCUGAGUCGGUGUACAUCCAGUGCAAAGUCAGGAUUUGUCCGGCCUACGACAACUCUGCUUGUCGCCCUGGCUGCUACAGACGUAAAGCCAGAGACCUGGGACCAAAGCACGACAGCCAAACCCUGGUCAUAGGUCCAAUCCAACUCAAAGACCCCGAGAAAAAGGAAGAGGGGACUCAGGAGGACAAAGCUUGAUCUGCUUGAAUCAUCCCAUCAAAUUAAGGAACACUUUUUCAUUCUUAAAUAUACUCACCAUGUUAUCUCUUUAGUGCAUUAGCUGAUUAAAGGCAUUAUCAAAAAGC